UUUAACAUUGACUUUGAAAAAUGGCAACAUUCUUUGGCGAAAUUUUGCCAGUCAUUUCCAGAGCUGUUGAUGAUGACGAAGAAGAGGAGUCGUUUGAAAAUUUAGAGACAUCAGUGAAGCUGAGAUGGAAAAAAGAAAUCAAAGAAGAAUUAGAAUUAACAAAAGAUGAGAAACUUCAAGUUGAUGCCUUUGUUUUAGCUAUUGGCCCUGCAGCAACAGGUUUCACCCAGACGUAUGUUACACACAAGAAUUACGAGGUUAUAGGUGGACUGUUUUGUGGGAUGAAGGAGGAUGAUGUAAACACAUUUGGACAGACAUCUCCCACGGAUAAAACCUGUUACAUCUACAGGAAAUGUGAUUAUCCUAGUGCUCUGGUCUGUGAAUGUAACUAUGAUGUAAGGCCAGAGUAUGCCCACUCAUUUGUUAAUCAGUUAAUGUCCUUUCUCAACCUCAGUGAAGGUCAUGUUGUGAUACUGAGUUCAGCCUUCACUAGUGAGUACAAGUCAGAAAUCCCCACAUCAGACAUGAACCCUCCUUUCCUGAGAGCCCUGAAAACAACCCAAUUCCUGGGAACUCCUCUAGCUCCAUAUUUAGAACAACCUAAUGUAGUUACUGGACUUGGAGCUCAAGUGAUGACAUAUUGUCACAUCCACAAAAUUAAGGCUUUGUUAUAUGUGUGUUACACAGACACCAUACAUCUAGACUUUGCUACCAUGAAAACAUUUCAACCUCUUAUUGAAACUACUCCUAUACAUUUGAUACGAGAGAAGAAUACCAAGGCUAGUGAAACCCUGAAGAAAAUUGUGGACUUGCACACCAAACACAGCACUCUUUAUUUAUAGCAUUAAAACAUUGCGUCUUUCUGAGAUUCUCUUUGUGACUAUGCUAAGAUUUGAUUGGUACAUUCCAAUCUUGUACAUCUGUAAUGUGUUCACAUUGCUUAUACCCACUUCACAUCAGGCUGUUUUACGUGUGUAUUUCUGGCUGUUGUCAGUGUUUGGUGCAUUUGUUCUACAUUGAAAGGGGAAUAACACAAGAACAAAGUACAUUUGAGAUUGAAAGAACUUGUUACAAUAAGUAUUAAAGUCUUCGUCAUGUAACUCA